AUGGCGCAUAUCCUCACCCGAACUGCGGCGGACAACUUCUGCGUGAUGCCGUACAAUCUGCGUGUGUUUGCACUGCUCGGGCUCUGGGGUGAUCGGCGAAAGCUGUACCGGUUGUACGUACUGCUGCUGGUUGCGUUCGCGGUCAUCAUCUACCCGAAGCCGGUGCGCAUCUCCGACCGCCAUCCGCUCGAGUCGAUUGUGCGAAGCGUAGCGGAGCUUAUCUUUGCCGCGCUCUGCUACCUGACGAUCAUCAUCCUGGCCAUCAAGUCGGAACCGUUCCGGCAGGUGAUUCGUAAGCUGGAGCAAGCAUUGGCGCUGUUUCGGGAUAGGAACGACCAGUGCAGUGAGCUGAUCGUCGACGUGAACGUCAGCAUCCAUCGGUUUAGUUUGUGUUAUGCAAAGCUUCACCUACUGUACGCACUGCUGUUCAAUGUGGCACCGCCGGUCUAUAACUAUCCGCACUAUUUCCUGCAAUCGAUGUUACCGUCGGCCAACCGGACGGUGGAAUUUAUGCUCCCGCUGAUGCAGGACCUGUACGGGCUGGAUCUGCGGCACAAUAUCGCACACUACACCAUUUCGUGGCUGUCAAUCACACCAUUCUGUGCCUUUUUCACGCUGAUCGUCUGGUAUAAAGGGACACUGUUCAUGCUGAUCCGGUACAAUACGUUGCUGUAUCAGCUCGUCAACCAGCUGCUGCAACAGUACGCGUUUGGAGCUGCUGGUCUAAACCUUGGACAGAAACAUGACCGAUUGAAGCGUAUUGUUGAGCUGCACUUCCGUGCGAUCCAGUGCACUAAGCUGCUGGACAAUGUGCUUGGCUUAAUUCUACUGAUCCAGUGCGUGGGAUGCUUGCUGCUGCUCUGCCUCAUACUGUUCUACGUCACACGCAAUCAAAACCUCAACGUUAUCAAUGUUGGCGUACUAUUCGCUUCCAUUUUUAUCGAGAUGAUGUGUUUCUCGUACCUCGGUAAUCAACUUACGGAGGAGAAUGCCACCAUCAGUAAUUCCGCGUUCAACUGCCGCUGGUAUGAGGAACCGAUCGUGAUACGGAAAUAUUUUCUACGGAUCAUCUUACAGGCAGACCGCAAGGCAACGAUAACGGCGGGCAGGUUCUACAACGUUAACAUUGUGACAUUUGCGCAACUUAUUAAGUCGUCCUAUACGUACUACAUGAUAAUGAAGAAAUUGUUCUAACGCAACAUUGUCGCACCGCAGCAAAAUGAAGGACGCAAUAGCAGUGAAACAUGUU